AUGGGGAAGCGGGAUAAUCGAGUGGCCUAUAUGAAUCCUAUAGCAAUGGCCAGAUGGAGGGGCCCAACUCAGUCUACAGGCCCAACAAUACAAGAUUAUCUGAAUCGGCCAAGGCCUACCUGGGAAGAAGUGAAGAAACAAUUAGAAAAUAAAAAGAAAGGCUCCAAGGCAUUAGCUGAAUUUGAAGAAAAAAUGAAUGAGAAUUGGAAAAAAGAAUUAGAAAAAAGCAGAGAGAAAUUAUUGAGUGGAAAUGAGAGGUCUUCUAAGAAAAGGGAAAAAAAGAAAAAGAAAAAGAAGAAAUCUUGUCGAUCUUCAUCUUCUUCAUCAAGCUCUGAUUCUUCAAGCAGUUCAGAUUCUGAGAAUGAGGAAAAGAAACAAGGAAAAAAGAGAAAGAAAAAGAAGAACCAUUCAUACAAAUCAUCAGAAAGCAAGGAAUCUGUAAAAAAGAAAAAGAAGUCAAAAGAUGAAACAGAGAAAGAAAAGUAUAUUAGAAGUCUCAGCAAAAAAAGAAAGAAGACUUAUCCUGAAGAUAAACCUUUGUCUUCAGAAUCCUCAUCAGAAUCAGAUUAUGAAGAGGAAGUGCAAGCAAAAAAGAAGAGAAGACAUGAAGAGCCAGAAAAAGCGAAGAAGAAGAAGAAGAAGAGGAAGAAGAAACAGCACAAGAAACAUAGUAAGAAGAAGAAAAAGAAGUCGGGUUCAAGUCACAAGUCAGGAUAA